GUUCACCAUCACGUGGAGGAGGCACCACUGUCGCUCCUGUGGCAGGGUGAUCUGCUCACAGUGCUCGGACAACAAAGCUCCCCUGCGGUACAUGAAGUAUCAGCCCGCCCGGGUCUGUGAUGAGUGCUACGAGACGCUCAAGGAGGACAUGAAGAACGACUUGCGCAAAAGUCAAGGUGACAGCGGAGCGGGCCGCCCAUCCAUCUCGGAGGACGACUCGAGCACCUCCGUCUCCGACUCGGUGGGAGAGGAGAGAGCGGACGCGGGCGAGAUUGCUGAGGGCGCGGCGGGGAAGAAAGACGACGGGGGGCUCAGCCUCACGGGUCUCAUGUCGCGCUUCCAGAAAAUUCGCUUCUCCAAGGACAAACGGAAAGCCAACAACUACAGGCCUUCCGUUUUGAAAGAGGUCCAUGCAAACGACGAAGGGUCGGACAUGAGUGGCUACUUGAACAUCUACAAGUCGAGGAAGUGGAAGAAGUUGUGGUUCGUGGUCAAAGGGAAGGUCCUCUACACCUACAAGGCCAGCGAGGAUAUGGCUGCAAUAGAGAGUAUGCCUCUUCUAGGAUACGAAGUGACUCGGUUCAAUACGUGGUUCGAAGGGGCGGAGCCGUCGCUUCUGUUUGAGCUGACCCACCAGAACACUCAACCGCUAACCCGCAAGAACGGAGAGGCGCUGUCCGCCAAGGUCAUUCCUGGGACGGAGAAGACCACGCAGAGACUCAUCUUCCGGACUGACACGGCCGUCGCCACCUCAAAAUGGGUGACAGUUCUGAGGGAAGCUUCCCUGGCGUGACCUGAGUUCCCUCACGUCUCCUUGGACUUGUCAUGGACUCCUCGUAGACUCACCGGAUCACAUCUCCCUGAGUGCCUGCGUAUGUGAAGUGGAACGGAAUGCUUGAAUAUCUCGGAGGAGCGUGAACUUCUGUAGUUACUGUGGAACGGUGAACUUCUGCAGCGUGAAUAAUAUCUCGAAGCAGCGUGAACUUCUGCAGUUACUGUGGAACGGACGCGUGAAUAAUAUCUUGGAGGAGCAUGAACUUCUGCAGUUACUGUGGAACGGAAGCGUGAAUAAUAUCUCGGAGGAGCGUGAACUUCUGCAGUUACUGUGGGAGGAGCGUGAACUUCUGCAGUUACGGUCGGGGCGGGACCUAUGAGUGUGUUCAUCUGAGGUGCCGACUUUUUGGAUAAAUCCAGAAAUCUGCAUUUCUGAAAUUGUGAGGCAGCGUGGUGAAAUCAGGCGCUCGUCAAAAUAAUGAAAGUGAAGAAAUUGG